AUCACCCAACUGAAGAUCGACAACAACCCCUUUGCAAAAGGAUUUCGAGACACAGGGAAUGGGCGGAGAGAGAAAAGGAAGCAGCUGACUCUGCCUUCCCUGAGGAUGUAUGAGAAUCCCUGCAAGCAGGACCGAGAUGGCGGAGAAUCCGAUGCAUCAUCUUGCGAACCUGCCCCUGUGCGAGAAUGUCUUCACUCUCCAUUGGCGACAACUCCCAGUCCUUUACAGGUCCAUCGAAACAGCAGAGAAGACAAAGGAAGUGACCAAGAGCUGGAGAAAGGGUCGGGGGUGAAGAGAUCCAGCCCUGAUCUGGGUCCGGCCAGCCCACCCCACAACCACAGCCCCAGUUUGCAGGCAGAAGAGCGGAAUAAAGAACGAAGCAAAGCCGGCGAGGUCUCCAAGGAAGCCGGUGGUGAGACGGCCCCCUUCACACCUCUGGGCUUGGAGAAGGAGAAGCUGGAGGGCAGAAGGAAGGAGCCUCUCCUGCAGUCAACCCAAGAAGGAUCCAAAAAGGAAUUGCCCGGGGAUUGCGCCCCGGUGGGGUGCAGCAGCAAGGAAGCAUUCCCCCCGCUGAUGGUGCAGACCGACAGCCCACCGCACCUGAACCCCAGUCACCUACAGAGUUUGGCUCUCUCGGGUCUCCACGGCCAGCAGUUCUUCAACCCUCUGGGCGCUGGGCAACCCUUCUUUCUCCACCCGACCCAGUUCGCCAUGGCGCCCGGAGCCUUUUCGGCGAUGGGCAUGGGACACUUGCUGGCUUCCGUGGCAGGCGGCGGUAGCUUGGAAAACGGGGGACUCUCAGCUCCUCAAGGGACGGCGGGCACCACGACCCCGUUCCCUUUCCAUCUGUCCCAGCACAUGUUGGCUUCUCAGGGAAUCCCACUGCCUACUUUUGGGGGACUUUUUCCUUACCCGUAUACUUACAUGGCGGCUGCAGCUGCCGCAGCUUCCGCCAUGCCAGUGACCAGUGCCACUGCCGCCAGCUCGCUCUCCCGGAACCCGUUCCUGAGCAGCGCUCGACCUCGCCCGCGGUUCAACCCUUACCAAAUCCCGGUGGCCAUCCCUCCCAGCACCAGCCUCCUAACCACCGGGUUGCCUGCCGGUUUGAAUGCUGGCAUGGAAGCCUCCAAGCCCGGGAACAGUCGGGAAUCGAGUCCUCUUUCGGAUCUGCCCAUCCCGAAAGCCAGCACCCAGCGGGCGUCUCUGUCCCCCAAGCCAUCUUUGAAAGAGUCCAUGAACGAGUUGCAAAACAUCCAGAGACUGGUCAGCGGUUUGGAGACCCAAAGGGAAGUAUCCCCUAGUAGGAAUUCCCCCAAGUCAACGGUUCACGGAAGCAGCCAACCCCCUAGAGCUUAGGAGCGGCUGGGAAAGAGAUGUGUACAGCACACAGUAUAUAAAUAUUUAUUUUUUAAGAAAAAGAG